AUGUUUGAAGGGAUGGGGGGACCCAACGGGCAGAGGGGGAAAGCACGAGAAUUUUAUGCUCUUACAGCCGGUGACAACUGUAGAAUUAAGACCCUCCAGCUGGAUUUGUCCACUUGGCGACACUCUAUUGGGGGAGAUCUGGCAUCAUUCUUUUUAGAAGCAGUGGUACUACCCACUUCUUUUGAACAGCUUUUGCCAGCUAUCACUGCCACAGCAUCUCUCGUGCGCCCUCACAGAGAAAGCAUUGCAUUGGGGGAGUGGAAGCAUAAGCUUCACCUCACUCUGUUCACUUCUCAGUUCAGCUGCAUAGAUUCUAUGUUGGGACUGUUUCUUGGUCUUUUGUUCGUGGGGUUGGCUGCCUCUGCCAAGUUUGAUGAACUCUUCCAACCCAGUUGGGCCAUGGACCAUUUCAUCCAUGAAGGAGAAUUACUCAAACUCAAACUUGAUAACUAUUCUGGUGCUGGAUUUGGAUCCAAGAGCAAGUACAUGUUUGGAAAAGUGACCAUCGAGCUCAAGCUUGUGGAGGGUGACUCUGCUGGAACCGUUACAGCUUUCUAUAUGUCAUCAGAUGGUCCAACUCACAACGAAUUUGAUUUCGAGUUUCUGGGCAACACCACUGGAGAACCUUACUCGGUCCAAACGAACGUGUAUGUGAACGGGGUUGGUAACAGGGAGCAGAGACUCAACCUUUGGUUCGACCCUACCAAGGACUUCCACACCUAUUCCAUCUUCUGGAACCAGCGCCAAGUUGUAUUCGAAGUGGAUGGGACGCCAAUAAGGGUGCAUACAAAUCUGGAACACAAAGGAAUUCCGUUCCCAAAGGACCAAGCCAUGGGUGUGUACAGUUCAAUAUGGAACGCAGAUGACUGGGCCACCCAGGGUGGUCGUGUGAAGACAGAUUGGAGCCACGCACCUUUCAUGGCCACCUACAGGGACUUCCAGAUCGACGCGUGCGAGUGCCCCGUGCCAGUGACGUCAGCGGAUACAGCCAAGAAAUGUAGCAGCAGUGAAGAUAAGAAAUAUUGGUGGGAUGAACCCACCUUGUCGGAACUGAACCUUCAUCAGAGCCACCAGCUUAUGUGGGUUAGGGCUAACCAUAUGGUCUAUGACUACUGCACCGACACUGCAAGAUUCCCCGUCACACCUGCUGAGUGUGUCCAUCACCGCCACCACUGA